GAACACGACCAACAAAAACGCGGGGUAUCAAACGGAGCGAUCGCCCGAAAAGUCAACGGGCUGUCGAAUACGUAAUACUACUCACACGAUACAAGCAGUCUCCUUUACCCCCCGCCACAGGCACACCCUCGAUUUACUUACACUGUGCCUUGAUCCACGCUUUUAAAAAGAGAUGCUUCGCCACACUUCUUCGCAAUUCCUAUUUAGAAGCAUAAACACAGAGGCCUAGCAAUGGCAGACCACCAAAACAAACGUCUGAAGCAUUAGUGGUAGAGAUCGCCAGGCGGGUGCGCCACCGCUAUCAGCUUUCCAAUGCAACGCUGCCGGUUAUCCGUUAUGGCUUGCCAGUGAAAGUUAAUUUGGGUGACCACCUAGCUGAUCCCGUAUCGCCUAAAAAACAAGUUUUCCUAAUGCGACCGACACGGAAUCUACCUAGCCAAUCAGAAAUAUGACUUCUCCUUGGACAACCAGCCACCAGCUGAGCGGUUAUACGAGAACACACUGUGAGGCUUGUAUUCUCCCGGCAACACCAGUUGCGUCAACAAAGUACCAAGCAGGUAUCGACCAAUAUGGGCGUCUGUUAUAUACUUCAGUGUCCCCCGUCUUACGAGGCUCUGGGGUUUCUCGUCCUAGUUAGGCCUCCCCUUCCAGUUACACUCGUUCAAAUCAGACAAUCACAACAAUGAAGACCGGCGCCGUUGCCUUUGGCAUGUUGGCUCUCGCCGAGCUUGCCGCAGCCCAGUCUGCCUGUCUUAGCCUUACGUCGGAGUUUCCGCCCUGUGCUUAUACUUGCGUCAGUAGCGCUGCGAAUGCUGUCGGCUGUACCAACACUGCAGACCUAGCUUGCCAAUGCAACCCUUCAUCUUCUGCGGCUAUCCAAGGUAGCGCCAUCAAUUGCGUCCUAGCUUGUGGAGGUGAUGCAGCUGCUUCUGCUAUCAAGGCCGGCAGUGACAUCUGCGCUUGCGUUGCAACUGCAACUCAGCCUAUGUCGUCGUCACCAUCCAACUCCAUGCCCAGCGGCAACAGCGCUAGCCCUACAUCUUCUCAGCCCGCAUCAUCUGGUCCUGGCAGCGCAUCCAGCUCAUCCCCCAUCACCUCGGGCCCUUCCAUGUCAACCACAACGCCCUGCAUGCCUGCCUCUAUGCCCAAUUGUGGUUCCUACGUGGCUCAGAUCCCUAGCUGUGCUCAGCCUUGCUUCGCCAGUGCUGCGCCUAAGGUUCACUGUGAUGUCACCGACUACGCCUGCCAAUGCCAGUCUGCCGCUCAAGCAAGUCUCUCGCAGAUCUUGCCCGGCUGCAUUGCUACGGCCUGCCCACUUGACUCCAGCACACUGGCUUCCAUCACAAACGGAGCCAGUCGACUGUGUGCAUGCGCAACCGCAAAACCCUCUGGUGGUGACUGCUCUCCUACGACCACUCCAUCUUCAAUGCCCUCAGGUUCCUGUGAUUCUUCUAGCACUCCCGGCGGCGGUGGUGGCACCGUUACCCAACCCACAACGGUUACUUGUACCGCGGGAUGCACCGGGCAGCCUACCGGGCAGCCUACAGGAGGAGGCAGCACUGCUCCUUCCGUUGUUCCUACUGGUGCUGGUAGCAAGCACAGUGUAGGACGUGCUGGCGACGUCAUCGGAGCUCUCUGGCUUGCCUUCCUGGCUCUAUAGUGUUUGAGUAACUGCUUUAUGUUGAUGCCGGCAAUUACUAUGCCACCUUACUCUCCUUAUUUAGCUAUUGAUUUAGUGCGAACAUUACGUUAAAUAAUAUUUUCAGUAUUUGAAGAUAAAUUAUGCAUUAUUUUUAAUAGUCAUGUAUACUUGUCUAUACCAAUUUCCAUACCUUAGUUUCUGCAUUAACUGUCACCCUAUAUAGAUACCAUCACACUAGCACGGAACAUUACAAAGACAAAUUGCAUUAUUUAUAAUAAUAUAACC